CUUUUCCCAGCAGCCCUAGCGCCCGCCGGCGUUCUUCAAGAUGGCGGCUGACAGUGAGCCCGAGUCCGAGGUAUUUGAGAUCACGGACUUUACCACUGCCUCCGAAUGGGAAAGGUUUAUUUCCAAAGUUGAGGAAGUGUUGAAUGAUUGGAAACUGAUUGGAAACACUUUGGGAAAGCCACUUGAAAAGGGUAUAUUUACAUCUGGCACAUGGGAAGAGAAAGCAGAUGAAAUUUCCUUUGCUGACUUCAAGUUCUCAGUUACUCAUCAUUAUCUUGUUCAAGAAUCCACUGAUAAAGAAGGAAAGGAUGAAGUAUUAGAAGGUAAGUGUUUAUAUAAAUUUUAAA